UUUGUCACGGAGAAUCAAUAAAGAUUGACGUUUGGAGCUUUUCGUUGUGGACAAAUUAAUCUCAAACCUGGAAUCGUUUUCGAUCAAGAAAGUUAUAUGCACCCAUCAUGGGAACGACCAGGUGGAAGUCUACGAAGUCUUCUGGGAAAAGUAGCUGUGGAGAUAGCCAAAUUGUUUAUAGAAGCAGACUGAUGUCCAGGGGAGUGUUCUAAAAAGAGGAAACGAGUUACCGAAACUCGGCAACAUGAAUGACAGCACCAGUGAUCCAACAGAGGAUGUCAACACUGCGACAAAUAGGCCUAUUGAGCGUGUGCUUUGCGUAGGAGCGAUGCAGCGUCAAGAUGUCAUAGGCGAAUCUGAAUUUGAUCCAGUGUACAGUAACAAAGACACCAACGGCACUGCUUCUGGACGUGCAAAUAUUGUAGAGCGCUUGUCGAGAUAUGGUGCGCGGGCACUGCUUGGCUCUGCUUCAGCACGCAGGUCCAGGCUACUGAAAGAGGCGGGCGAUACUGGCAGCGCACCUUCGAGAUUGUCGGCAGGUGUGCCUGAGAGAGGUUCGAUCACUCCUGCUUUGCGAAAAAAAUAUUUGAAGGAUCUAUUUUUGAGCAACCCUUCCCAUAGUGGACUUAAUCAUGUACUGUCUUCUGAAAGUUCCGGCGUCUCAAGGGACAGUGAGGAAGACGUCCGACUCCUAGACUAUACGAGUUGGGCUCUGUCUCCUAUGGAACACGCAUGGAUGUUGUCUUCUGUGGAUCCGAACUAUGAAACUAUAAUGGACUUUCUUUCAGAAGAUCCUUAUCUUUUAACCAGGAAAGAUGUUGUUAGUGGUUAUACUGUGCUCCACUGGCUCGCCAAAGGGGGCCAAGAUGAAACUCUGAUAAAAUUAUUGAAGCACUCUGAAAGGGUGGAGAUUCCAGUGAACAUUAACGUGAAAGGCAGUGGUGGUCUCACCCCACUUCAUGUGGCAGCGAUGCACAGUCAGUAUAUGGUGAUUAAGAUCCUAGUCGGUGCGUUUGGUGCUAAUGUUGAUGCCAUGGACUACAAUGGAAGAAAGGCUUGGCAAUAUCUGAAAGAAAUCACCCCAAUAGAGAUAAAGGAACUUCUAGGCACUUGGGAUGAAGAACAUAUUGUGUUUUUGCAAAACACUAACAACAAUUGCGCCAAUCAGUUACCAACGGCAGAAAUUAGUGAGGAAAAGGAUGAGGUGGACUCGUUUGAUCUGACCAGGAGGUCUGUCAGUCGUUUUGGGUCAUUUAAGAAGUUGCUGUCCCCCUUCUCGUUCUUUGGGAAAAAGAUGUAGACAUGGGAUUGAAACAGUAAUAUCAAGUGCACACAAAUGUCUACUAACAAUGUGUUUUUGUGCCUCAUGCACCAAACACAAUAGCCUACCACGUGUUUUUGCAAGUCUAUUCAAAUCAUGUUAAUGUCACUGAUGCUUAUUUUACCAAUAAAUCAUGCG